AUGCAAGUUUAUCUUGUAGAUUUUAUAUACUUCGUGUCAUGUUUAAUUUACCGUGCCACACAAUUCGCGGACGGCCAGGAAGACGAUGAUUACGUCUUGAAUUUCGAUUCUGCGCUCUACGUCUGUGGGGACGAGCAGAGCGCGACCUAUUUCGGCACGUCGCAGGUCGAAGUGACCAGGUUCAACGAGACGAACGCAUACAUGUUCGGCGCCAUCGGUUUCCUCGAGGGCCUUCGCGUAAACACGCUUGUCGAGAUAUUUGUGGAGAAAGAGUCGUCUGGCCGAUACGAAAUGGUGAUGUCGCACGAAAUAUGCAAUUUAUGCGACGAGUUGGAUCGAGAGGAGGGCAAAUAUUACAAAUGUCUAAAGAACUUCGAUUUUCCGAAAAAGUGUCCUCUUCGGCCGGGGGAUUACAGCAUAAACAACUUCGUGUUGGACACAGAGUAUCUUCCAGUAAAUAAAGGGACAGCGGGACGGUAUCAGGUCACCCAGUUCUACAGCAGUACAGAGAGCAAUUGCAUAGGAGCGAAAACUUUCGUUGGAUGCUUGAAAGUCGACCUCGUCAUUGAACCGAAA